UCAGUCGCGUAGAGAUUAGAGGACUGAGCGUGGCCGUUCGAAGCAUCUCUACGCUUCCUUAGAAAACGCUCUCAUCGUGGGUGGGUUUUGAGCUGGGGUUUAGCUGUCUCUCCUUAGACUCUCUAGUGUUUAUGUUUAUCCCUCCUCCCUCUCCCCUCAAAAAACCCGUAGAAGCGAGGAAAAAAAAAAAAAAAACAUAGCAGCCCACCACUGUACUCAUCGUCCCUUCUUUCCUUCCCCCAUUCUUUGAAACUGCAGCACUUAGGAAGAAGAGGAUGAGAUGAAGAAAAGCGGUAGAUCACAACGUCUCCAUCACCUGGUCUUAUUUCUCCUCUGUUUCGCUGGCUCGGCGUUUGGGUUCUCGAGCCAUGGGCUGACGGACGCGGAGGCCGGAUUCAUCCGGCAGCGGCAGCUCCUCUACUACCGGGACGAGUUCGGGGACCGGGGGGAGUACGUGACCGUGGACCCGUCGCUCAACUUCCCCAACUCCCAUCUCCGGGACGCCUACAUUGCCCUCCAGGCCUGGAAGCUGGCCAUCAUCUCCGACCCCCUCAACCUCACCGCCAACUGGGUCGGAUCAAACGUCUGCAACUACACCGGCGUCUACUGCGCACCGCUCCCCUCCGACCCCCACCUCACCGUCGUCGCCGGCAUCGACCUCAACCACGGCGACAUCGCCGGCUACCUCCCCGAGGAGCUCGGCCUCCUAACUGAUCUCGCCCUCUUCCACAUCAACUCCAACCGCUUCUGCGGCACGGUCCCCCACAAGUUCGAAUGCCUGCACCUCCUCUUCGAGCUCGAUCUCAGCAACAACCGCUUCGCCGGCAAGUUCCCGGACGUCGUCCUCGGCCUACCUUCUCUCAAGUUCCUCGAUCUUCGGUUCAACGAGUUCGAGGGGGGCGUCCCCAAGGCCCUCUUCGACAAGGAUCUCGACGCCAUCUUCAUCAACCACAACCGCUUCGCCUUUGACAUCCCCGACAACUUCGGCAACUCCCCCGUCUCCGUCAUCGUCCUCGCCAACAACCGCUUCCGGGGAUGCGUCCCGGCCAGCCUCGGCAAAAUGUCCAGGACCCUCAACGAGAUCAUCCUUCUCAACAACGGCCUCCGGUCUUGCCUCCCACCCGAGAUCGGCCUCCUCAAGGACCUCACCGUCUUCGAUGUCAGCUUCAACCAGCUCGUCGGGCCUCUGCCGGACUCCAUCGGAUGGAUGCUCAGCCUCGAGCAGCUGGAUGUCGCACACAACCUCCUCUCCGGCCAGAUCCCGACCUCUAUCUGCACCCUGCCCCGCCUUCAGAACUUCACCUUCUCUUAUAACUUCUUCACAGGAGAGCCGCCGGUGUGCCUGAAGGUGCCGUCGUUCGACGACCGGAGGAACUGCCUGCCCGGCCGGCCGGCGCAGAGAUCCGCGGCGCAAUGCAAGUCCUUCUUGUCCCAUCCCGUGGACUGCAACUCCUUCCGGUGCGCGCCGUUCGUGCCGGCGAGCCCUCCCCCGCCGCCUCCUUCGCCGCCUCCACCUCCAGUUUACUCCCCACCACCACCAUCGCCGCCGCCGCCGUCCCCAUCUCCUCCACCGCCUUCUCCGCCACCACCGUCUCCGUCCCCGCCGCCUCCUUCCCCACCUCCACCAUCUCCGUCUCCGCCACCACCCUCUCCACCUCCUCCAUCCCCAUGCCCGCCGCCUCCUCCACCACCGCCUUCGCCACCUCCGCCCGUCUACUGCGUUCGGUCUCCGCCACCUCCGCCGCCCAACUCGCCGCCGCCUCCCAGCCCGCAUUAUUCUCCACCGCCUCCUUACCCGUCUCCACCACCACGUCAAGCUUCGCCGCCUCCGCCACCUCAUUCCCCGCCACCACCUGUUUAUUAUUACCCAUCACCGCCACCACCGCGAAUGUUCUCGCCACCUCCACCACCUAAUUCACCUCCCCCUCCACCACCAUGUAUUGAGCCACCGCCGCCACCAUCACCACCUCCAUGCAUAGAACCGCCGCCGCCACCUUCUCCACCACCGCCAACACCGGUAUACUAUGCUUCUCCACCACCGCCACCGUCACCGUCUCCACCACCACCACCUGUCCACUAUGAGCCUCCACCAUCUCCUUCACCUCCACCACCUUCGCCACCUUACCAUUAUACAUCACCACCACCGCCCCCACCUAUGCCUUCGUCUCCACCACCCUCAAAACCAUGUGAAACUCCACCACCACCACCUUCCCCUCCACCCCCUAAACCCUGUGAGACUCCACCAUCACCACCACCAUCUUCGCCAGCACCCACCCCUCUAUACGAAGGCCCAUUGCCACCUGUUGUUGGAAUCUCAUAUGCAUCACCUCCUCCUCCUCCGUUCUAUUGAUUCUUUUGAGAAUUGUUCUCCCCACCCUCCUCCCACCCUCCAUUGUUAAAGAAGAAAGAAUGUAUUUUGGAUUCUCGUCAUGCUUGUUGUCCAUUGAAUCUCCUAUGUUUUUGUUCCUCUCGCUACCUCUGUUGUUGACUACCCUCUGAUGGAGGGGGGAAAACACUCGACACAAACCAUUCAUCAUGGUGAUGAAGAAGAGAUCGAGAACACAUGGAGAAGGGAGAGGCAGGGGAUUGGGGGGAAAUCUCUCCAUAUUAAUUAUAUCUGCAUUGUGAAUAAAUGGCUGAGAGAGAGUACAUCAGAGAGCAAAUGCUGGGAAAAUCAAUGUAUAGAGACCAUGAGUUUCAAGAACAAGUGGAUUAAAUUGUGGUAUUAUCCCCCUCCUACUAUACUUUGCUCUUUUCCUUCAUUUAUAUAUGGUGAUCAUUACUUAUGAAUUCUUCAAGCUCUGUCUUGGCUAUCAUCCAAUCUCGUCUUUAAUCUUUUCCUCUUACUCUGCUUUUCUUUGCCCUAUACUUCUGUAGACAGCCGUUUUCUUCUUGCAUAAUGAGAUAAAUUGUUUGCUGUUCACUCUCAA